AUGGCCUCCACAGCACAACAUGCUUCCAAGUUUACUCGUUUUUUAAACUCCGAAACUGGUCCCAGAACAGUGCAUUUUUGGGCACCUGUAUUCAAAUGGGCAUUGGUCAUUGCCGGUAUAAAUGAUUUACAAAGACCAGUUGAGAAAUUAAGUGGUACUCAACAAAUUGCAUUAUUUGCUACUGGGGCUAUAUGGACAAGAUGGGCUGGGUUUGUUAUCAAACCAAGAAACCCUUUGUUGGCUUCUGUCAAUUUCUUUUUGGGUGCAGUUGCUGGUUAUCAGUUGAUUAGAAUUGUUAAUUACAGACGUGACGUGGGAGACUCGCCAAUGCAAGUGUUCAAAUACAUUAUAAAGGGUGACCCAACAAAGCAAAAAGAGCAAGCCCCACCAGUAUCUAUUGAGAAUAAAUAA